UUCCGGCAGGCUCGUGUGUAAGAGGAUUCUGGAUGGGUUGGUGGCUGUACCCGCGAAGGAGUGUAGGAAGGAUUUAGAAGAUGCAACAGGAAUAAAGAGAGGUUGCACCGAGAAUAUCAGGAUUAUUUAAAGGCUGUACUCAUCGGACGACAAGGAGGAUGCUCCAGGGUUUGGAAGAUUUACUGAUUUUGAGGCUGCUUCAGGAAUAUUUAGAGGAUUGUGGGACUGUAGGCGAAGAGGGAAAAACCUGUACAAAAGAUUCUUGAAGUUGCACCGGGAAUAAAAAAAGGAUUUCAAGGUUACACUCAGGUAUAUUUGGGGGACUUUGAGGCUGUGAUAUGUAUCAUAUAGUCAUUGAGGAAUAUAGGGAGGGUUUAGAGACUGCAGCAGGAAUAAAGGGAGGCUUUAAAGGCUGCAUCAGACUUGUUGGGGGACUUAUGGUGUAAUAGUAGGAAGGCUUGGAAGCUGGGCACUUGUGGAGGGAGGAUUCUCAGGGAAUUUGAAAGUUGCAGGAAUAUGAGAUCGGAAUAGGACGAAAAGGAUUUUGAGGCUGUAUAGGCAAGGUUGUACAGAGCUGAUAUUGAUAACACUCAAAUAUUCCUUGUAAUUACAUGUGUUACAUUAUAUAGGUUACACAUGUUACAUGUGAUUACAGUACACCAGUAAACUAUAGCUUAUGUGAUUACGAACUUCAGCAGACUUCUAAAUGGGGACUAACUACUGUAAGCUUGGGCACCAUCACUCCAAGAGGAAGGCGGUUAAGGCCCCACCUCCGUCAACACCGCCAAUCAAACCCAAGAUGGCCGAGGGCGGCGAACAACUCUUCACCUGUGAUAUCUGCGGGCAGGAGGGUCUGACAGACGACGACAUGAAGUCACACGUUCUGAUCGAGCACGUAGAGGGCGCUAUAAGCUGUCCAUUCUGCGACCUGGAGGGGACGACUGCCGAAGAAAUGACCUGGCACAUCAAUGCGGAACAUUUAGAUAUUCUAAGUCCAACAAAAAGUCUCCCUCCGUCAGACUUCCCUCCGUCGGACUUCCCUCUGAUUACCACUGAGAUUAUUAUCGAGAAGGAUAUGGGAAUUAAACCAGAGGAACGGGAAAAUUCGGAUUCUAGUCUUAGCUCUGCUAGCGCUAGUACGCCAAAAAGUAAGGACAGUCUCGACUCGGAUUGUGCGAGUAUGGCUAGUACGCCAAAAAGUAAGGACAGUCUCGAUUCAGAAUGUACCAGUAUAGCUAGUACUCCGAAGAGUAAAGACAGUUUAGACUCGGACUGUACUAGUGUGGCCAGCACACCGAAGAAUAAAGAAUCUAACUUUAACUGUACUGGUAUGGGGGUCAUACCAAAAAGUAAAGGAACUUCAAAUUUAAAUUUUGCAAUAUCUAAAAAUGGUGAAAAAUCAACUAACUCCAAGGCAUUGCAUGAAAAGGAGAGUUCAGACUCUAGUAUCGCCAGUCAACUUUCGGAUACGAAAAUGGAUAUUGAAACAAAGAUGGAAAUAUCAUCUGAUACUUCAGAGUCCCCUAGUGAGCAAAAAUAUGACUAUGACGCUAUGCAAAUGAUACGCAUGAGUGAAGAGGACCAGUUUAAGAAACGUGCCAAGUUGCAUUUGGACAUGUCAACUGCUAGCCCGCGGAAGAACCGAAAGGUUACUUUCAAUGAUACUGUAAGGUCUUCCUACACGGAGAAGAUGCAGAGCGGCAAGGAUAUUCAGGUAGUACGAAUCGAUGACGAUCCCGGGGAAAGUAGUUCCGGAUCUGGGUCCUCGUCAAACUGUGUCAAUAACAACAAAGAUGUUAUCAAGUUUUCCUGUCCAUUAUGUGAGUGGAAUACGUUAUCUCCAGGUGAGAUAACACGUCACGUCAACGUCCAACAUUUGGACUUGUUAAGUCCAUCUCCGCGUGGUAUGAGUCCCGGUGUCCUUAUUGAGCGCGAUUCUGAAAAUAACGUUAUAAACAAUGACUCUGGUAACGGGAACUCUAUUGUGCCUGAAUGUCCUAUUUGCGGUAUAGGCUUGGACUCGGCCGUAGCGUUAGAACUGCACGUCAACACCACCCAUUUGGAUAUCCUCAGCCCCGAUAGCGCUCAUGGUAACAAUCCUACCCUGCAGGUGGGGACACCAGACAUGUUACGCCACUGUCCGAUAUGCGGAAUGGAGGAUUUUGAACCAUACAGUCUCGCACAGCACGUUGAGGGGCAUUUCUCAGCUGAACAGACUCCAGUGACUGAUGUCUCUGACAACAUGCUGGCCCAGGAGUUGGAAAGGAGGGAGAGGCAGGCUGAGCAGUUCAAGGAACAGGAAGAAUUCAAAAAGUUACAGUCUGACACCGCAAAUGGCGAUAGCUCGGCCAUGUAUGGCAUGGACAACAAGACUGACUUCAUCAAGCAGAGCGAGAAAGGCAUGGAGCGGGCCGUCUACAAUGGUCAGAUGUCUAUCGGUGACUUCUACUCGAGGAAGGGAGAUCUACAGCAGGCUAACGCUAUCGGUGUUGACGAUGGACACUCUUGUACUAAAGGCAUCAUUCCAAAACUUCAAGAGUUCUAUAACAACAACGUCAACAACAACCCGAUAGUUAACUGGUGGAUGUGCUCCGAAGUUGACCACUAUGCAUCGACUUACGGUGACAAGGGAUGGGGUUGUGGCUACAGGAAUCUACAGAUGUUGCUGUCAUGUUUGGCGACGAAUACAACUUAUAAACAAGUGCUCUUCAAUGGCCGGCCGAUGAUCCCCUCCAUUCCAAAGAUCCAGCGUCUGAUUGAGGCAGCAUGGGAGAAAAGCUUUGACCUUCAGGGCUGUGAGCAGCUUGGCGGCAAGGUCGUUAACACAAAUAAAUGGAUUGGGGCAACGGAGGUGGUGGCAACUCUCUCAUCACUUAGGAUUCAAUGCGCCCUUGUGGACUUCCAUGCCCCAUCAGGGACUGACGGCACCCAUCCCCGCAUGUUCGAGUGGGUCCAUGACUACUUCAAGAAGAAGGACGAUUUCAAGGCCCCACUCUACCUUCAGCAUCAUGGUCACAGCCGUACGAUCAUUGGCUGUGAGGACUUGAAGGAUGGGUCAGUGCGGCUUCUCAUCUACGAUCCAAUCUAUACUCGCAAACAAAUGCAACUAUUUAAAGGGACCAUUAACACGAAUCUAAUGCGGACUAUCCGUCGGACGGUGAAUAGUAUGAAGGCGAAGCAGUACCAAAUCGUGGCCGUGACCGGGGUUCUCAGUGACCACGAAUACGAGGAGAGUAAAAUAUUAAAGUCAGAACGGAUACCUUGAUUGAGAUGACAGAUUUAGAGUUUGUUUAAUGAUACGGAAAAUAUGCAUUUAGGACAAUGUCUUGACAAACUAAGGUUAUAAUGUGGAACGCUUCCUGGCUGUGUACCUUGGCUUGGCAUGUAGGAGUCCCAUUUGCCAUCCCGGUGGGUGAGGUAACGGCAAAAGAUUGAGUGGAUAGAUUGUAAAGGAAAGAGACGUGGUAUCCAGAGAUAAUAUCCAGAGAUAAUAUCCAGAGAUAAUAUCCAGAGGGAUAUGAGUGCUGUGAAUAAGAGAUGGACGUUCCCUUUUGUGGAAAACAAUUUUGUGAUAACUUGGAAAAAAAUAUUGUGAGUUUGCUGUUUGUAGAAAAGGUUGAUUUUAGGUUGGUUGACAUGUACUUAAAAAAGUUUAGCUGCCCUGUGUCAGGGUUGAAAAGUGUUUGUUUUAUUGUUAAAAUCUGUUAAUGUUCUGUACAUCAUUGUUCAGAUACAUUUGUCCUAAUAUGGGCCAAUCCUGUGAUUCACUGCCAUCUAUGUUUAAUCGAUUCAACUAACUACCUGUUUGCAUUUAUAUGAGGCAAGACCACCAUUGAUUUUUUAAGCCUCUUAGCAGUUAAAUUGUCAAUGUUUGACCGCGACGCAUCAAAUACUGCGUGGGGUUGUGAAUCUGAAAUUUUGAUAUGAUAUUCCGGACAGUCGGGCAAGUUAAGGGUGAAAAGUAAACUGGUGAUUGACCACGGAAAUUUUUUGAUAAUCGACAAAUUGGAGAGACAUUGAUAUUUCCACUCUUUUCAGCCAACUGGCAGAAAAAUCUCAAAACUAUUACCAAAUUAGCAAAAUUCAAAAUUAAUUUUUUCAUCAAAUAAUUUCUUUAUAUCUGUAGACUUGCCACACCAAAUAUUUUUUCAAUACCUCUCCAAAUAUGUACUUGAGAGUUAAAAACACAUACUCGCGUAUAAUUGAUAGGUCUCGACCCUCCAACCUGGUUCACCACGAGGUUUGUGAUUCAAAUUGAUAUACAUGUUAAUACAGGCCUCAAUGUACUCGCUGAAAUCCUUUGCGGAUGGUAAAAUUAAGGGUCAAAAGGGGCUGAAAGAUUCGGUGAAUCUAUUGUGGCUGUAACAUUAAUCACCACUGUUAACUGGGUCCACCACUCUAAAAGUGCAAUAUACCUCUCAUCAUUGAAAUCGCAGCUGUUAUCAAAACCUAAUAUUACUUUAUUAAAAAAUAUCAACUCUCAUGAAUAUCUUGUGGUGUUCAUUACUUUUUCAGCUGUUCAGACAGAACAGACAGAACAGUUCGAUGAAAUUUUGCUGAUGUAAUUACUCAAGGCCACAAUUUCAUUGAUUACUGCAGAUGUGCCAGUAGUGAUAAGGUACGCACAUACAAUAUCGCGUAGGAACAAAAAUGAUACUGAAUUUUGCGCUUCUAAAAGCUUACUGAUUAUUGAAAGAUGGUUUCACUUGAGGGUUUGUCAUUGGAUUGUUAGUGUGAUGGCUAAUUCUGAAUUGUUAAACUAUUAUCCGAGACUAAACUCAAAAAAGCGUUGCGUGCAUAUCAGUCAUCGAUGCCCAUGUAAUGAAUUUCAGCAUUUUAAAACUUCUCCACCAAUUCCUUACUCCAGUUUCGUAUUCAUUAUGAUACACCCUGUAUAAUUGUAUUGUAAAUACAUGUAAAUGUACAGCACCGUAUAUUACACCAUGUUUCAAAACGAUUACAAUUAUUUGUGAUUUUUGACCUUUCUACUUCAAUUCUAUCGAUGAUGGGCUCGUAGGAGAUACGACCAUCUUGUUCGUUCCUGAAUUCUAUGGUGGAGAUUCUCUAUCGAAGAAUCUAUGAUGGGUCAUCAUAGAAUCUAUGGCGGGCCGUCAUAGAAUCUAUGGUGGGCCGUCAUAGAAUCUAUGAUGCCCCAUCACAGAAUCUAUGACGGGCCAUCACAGAAUCUAUGACGGGCCGUCACAGAAUCUAUGACGGGCCGUCUUAGAAUCUAUGGCGGGCCGUCACAGAAUCUAUGGCGGGCCGUCACAGAAUCUAUGGUGGGCCGUCAUAGAAUCUAUGAUGCCCCAUCACAGAAUCUAUGACGGGCCAUCACAGAAUCUAUG